AUGACUAAUGAGGAUUUGGCUACAGCUCUGAAGAAUUUGGGGGUGAGAGUUGGGCCAAUUACAGAUACUACACGAGUUGUCUAUGAGAGGAAACUUGCUCGAGUGCGACAGGAAAUGCCCCAAGAAACAGCUCCUGCAGAAUUUGAAGAGGAGGAGGAGGAAGAAGAAGAAAUUUUAUCUGGAUCUGUACGUGAAGAGGCGACCUCAGAAAGGUCUUAUGACUUGCCAACUAAACUAACACGUUCUGUGACCCGGAGAUUACAACAUGACACCAGUUUGCCUCCAGAUAACAACCUAGACAAACUCCAGGGCAGUACCAAGCGUAAAAGCAGCCAAAAACAGAGAAGGAAGACUCCAAAGAAACCAACUCCUGAAGAACCUUUUUCCCCACUUCUCAGUUCAGUUCCUGAAAAGGUGCUGCUCCCAAAGCACUCAGUCCAGAAUUUUGAUACUAUGAAGCCUCCUGAUGGGCCAAAGUCUCUUCCUAAGUCUAAAAUUCCACGUUCCUCAGCCUCUGAUUAUACCAACAGCACCGUGAUCUACCCUGACACUAACAAAGUUCAUACCCCAAGAAGAAGUUUUGGCUUGAGUGACUCAUUUCACAUUUCCCCAACAAGUUAUUCCCCUGAAAGUAACACUAAUGCCUAUUCCAAGAAAGUGUAUGCAAAUGAUAAAAAUGUUGUUACUGCUUACAAAACAGCACUAGAGGUGAAUCGGACAGAUUCUGAUGAAUCUGUGGACAGUCAACAGGAUAGUGAUUUUGACAAUCCUCAUAACAGUGGUUGUGAUGAUCCUGCUGAACAUUACUUCAAGACCAAUGUUGCAUAUUCUCCCAUGCAGAAGUUUGACUCUGAUCAAGAGAUGGAUUCUUCUGAUUGGGUUUAUGAUACUAACGAACCCACCAAACAAUCAGAGAAAUUCAGUAGUCAGAUUCCUAACAAAUGGUCAGCCAUAUCCCACAUGAGUGACCUGAAGACUUCACCUGUGUUCAAAAAGUCAAAUAUUCCUACAAGUCACAUUGGUCAGCCAAAGUCUUUGGACAAAGCUCAAAGUACAAAGAAACUAAACAGUAUUUGGAAAUUAGACCCAGUUGAGGAACAAAAUAUUCAUCAUGGACUCAGUGAGAUUCAAACAAACUCAGCAGAUUCAUCUGUUAAAUAUGAUUAUCUUCCCAAAGCAUUUGUUGAGAAGUAUGGUAAGUACAUGAACAAGUCUGGCGUUGACAGCACCAAUCUGAAGAACCGCCAGUCCAUUGAUUCUUUGCUUUUCCGAUCCCACCGAGAGCAGGCCAAAAGUUCUUGUUCCGAUUCUGUUGCACAAGUCAAAGCCGAGAAGCUGACCAGUGCCUACCAACGAUACACCAGUCCUUUAGCAUCAAAAAUCAGUGGUGGAAACAACCCUCCAAGCUACAUAGGAACUCCUGGCAGCAGUCGGUUGAACACCUCUUUGACUCGCAGACCACUGUCAAGUAUGAGAGAAGAAGUCAAAUUUACAAGUUUGCGUAAUACCCAAUCCAGUUCAGCUAGUUCAGCUUCUGACUCCAAAAAGAAAGGGCUGUCAUCAAUUAUAAUUAAACUGUUCUUUAUGAUUAUCAUCGGCGUCAUUGUUUGGCUCAUCUAUAUGAACUUUGAGUCACCUGCUACCAAACCACUGCUUAACGCCGACCAUUGA